GGCAACUGUGGCGAGCUCACGGCCCAUGUCUUUGAGGAAUACAUCAACGAGCCGCAGGUGCAGCGCCACCGCGGAGAGACAAUGGACACCUCCGGGUGCGCCAACGCGCCACACCAGCGUGGCCCAGCGUGCGCUGGUUGGGAGACACCACAGCCGUCAGUGGGUCCACCAGCGUGCAGUCAGGAG